CACCUUGCAAUAAGGUAUGGUGGUCGCGUCGGGCGCAGGGCGAGAGUGGGCGACCUCAUAUAGCUUGCGCGGGAGGCGUUUCCUUUAUUUGUUGGUUGUUCGCUGCGUGAUAGUGACGUGACUCGCGCAGGACACCGGGACAUCAUGCGUGCAUUGCUGAUAUGUAUGCUGUGUGUAAUCACAGCUUAUGCUCAAUAUAAUGACUCCCCUGCUCCGCCGCGGCUGCAGAUACCCGGCGCGAUACCAGUAGGUGGUCCCCGACAAGGAGGAUUCAGACAGGGACGCCUGCAGGCUGCCCCCAUCGGAGGAGGUCCAGCCAGAAUCAGGAGGCCAGGCUUAGCGAGACCAUCAUUCAAGUCUGUUGAUGCUUCUCCGCGCCCAAGCCUUCAAUCACUCGACGAGCCAGCUAAACCCGUCACUGAAGAACCAGAAGAUGAAUUGGAAAUCAACACCCCAACCGCUUUCUCCCCAAAUAUAUUUUCAACGGCCGAACCCCAAAACGAUUACUACGACAUAACGACUACUUCCCAACCCAAACCGCCAAUUGUUUACAACCCGUCCCCAUACCCACAGUCGACACCGUCGUCCGUUCGUCAGCCACUUGAACCCAUUAAGCCGACACAGUACCGGCCACUGUUGGCUCCCCAAGCUUUCAACCCAGUCAGGAAUGAACCACUAAACAAGCCACAACCAGUGAGGCUACAGCCUCUUUCGAGCAGACCUCAAAGGCCUGUAUUCAGACCCGAGCCUAAGCCAUUCAUUGAAGAUGACGAGGCACCCAUUCAGCCUGUAAGACAGUAUUCACGACCUCAGGAACCCAUUAACAGGGCACCCGCCAAAGCUCCUCAACAAAAGUACACACAGUCGCACCAGAGGGAGAAGAAACCUGUCGCCCAAAUUAUUCGUAAGUACAGAGAUGAAAAUGAAGACGGCAGCAUCACGUGGGGAUUCGAGAACGACGAUGGAUCGUUCAAGGAAGAGACCAUCGGUGUGGACUGCAUCACACGAGGCAAAUAUGGAUACGUUGACCCCGAUGGUCUGAAGCGUGAAUACAAUUACGAAACUGGAAUUCCUUGCGACAAAGCCAAGGAAGAGCAAGACGAGAAAGGUUUCGUAGACUAUCAGGAAAAUAAGGCUGUCUUACCUAAUGGAAUUACGAUAGAUCUCGCCGCGAUGGGCAAAAAAUCUAAGAGGCCAUUCAGAUCACCUGUAAAUCAUUAGGAUUUAAGUAUACAUAAUAUAUUUAUUUUAGGAAAAAUUUAAAUAUAAGGACAUUUUAAGUUGUCUCGUCAUGUAAGUGUUAUCAUUGACAUAACAUUUGGUCGACUUCAAGUGGUUUUACUUGUGCCUAAAACUAAAUGAGAGAUGGAAAUAAAUGUGAAUACUUUAUAAAAUAA